AUAAAUAACUUUCUUCUGAAACUCGUCAGUCUAUUCUUGUUCUGAGAAAUGAAGGGUAUUCCAUGCGAGAAAUUGUCAAGACACUGAAGAUUACAUACAAUGAUGUGUACUACUCCCUUCACAGAACAGCGCAAACGGGCUCUAACCAGCAUAGAAAGAGGAGUGGGAGGCCCCAGUGCACAAUUGAGCAAGAGGACAACUACAUUAUAGUGUCUAGUUUGAGAAACAGACGCCUCACAAUUCCUCAACUGGCAGCUUCAUUAAAUAGUACCUUCAAAACACCAGUCUCAACAUCAACAGUGAAGAGAGCAACAAAAAUGAGAAGGUCGUCUCGUUUGCUUGAGUCAACAGCUUUACUUGUGAUCAGCAUUCUGUGCUUGGUCAUAAUUUUUAUUAAAGAGGACAUUCGUCCUAAAAAACCCUCAAACCAUUUCCAGAUAAACAGGAGGGAAUCAACCUAUCAAAACAGACCUCAGAAACCAACCAGUGAGAGCGCAGGUGUUUCUACCUGGGGCCAUUGUGAACGGAAUGAGUCUGCGGCCAAUGUGUCAGGAUUUUCCUCUCUGCCAGUUCACAUCCAAGACUUCCUUUUCUAUCGUCACUGCCGCCACUUCCCAAUGCUGCUGGAUGUACCUGAUAAAUGUGGAGGCCCUCACAAGUCUGGUGACGUCUUUCUUCUGCUGGUCAUAAAAAGCUCACCUGCGAAUUAUGACCGCCGUGAGGUACUACGGAAAACCUGGGCCAAGGAGAGACUGCAGAAUGGAGUCUGGAUUCACAGGAUUUUUCUCUCGGGAACAACAGGCACAGGCUUUGAGAAGCGCAAGCUAAAUAAGCUUCUACGACUGGAGAACCGUGAGCAUAAUGACAUCUUACAGUGGGACUUCAACGACUCCUUCUUCAACCUCACCCUGAAGCAGAUUUUGUUCUUAGAAUGGAUGGACAAGAACUGCCGCCAGGCCCGAUUUCUCCUCAACGGUGACGAUGAUAUCUUCGCCAACACAGAUAACAUGGUGGAAUACCUUCAGAGUCUAAAAGACAAUGAUGGUGACAAGCACCUUUUUGCAGGUCAUCUAAUCCGCUAUGUAGGACCCAUUAGAGAGUCAGGGAGCAAAUACUAUGUCCCAGUCCAGGUUCAAGAGUCAGACUCAUAUCCCCCUUACUGUGGGGGAGGGGGCUUCCUGCUCUCUGGAAACACAGCUAUGGUCAUUUACAAAAUGACCCAUACCAUUCCCAUUUUGCCAAUUGAUGAUGUCUACAUGGGAAUGUGUCUGGAAAAGGCUGGUCUUGGGCCAGAGUCCCAUUUCGGAGUCAGGACUGCUGGACUUCAUGUCCCCUCCCAAAACGUGGACACUUACGAUCCUUGUUAUUACAGGGAAAUCAUUUUAGUACACAGAUUUCUGCCUCAUCAGAUAUAUAUUAUGUGGCACGGAAUACAUGAACCUAACUUGAGAUGUAGUAAUUCGCAAGGUUCUCUUUAGCCAUCUGUCCUGUUGAAAUCAGUUGCCUGUUGAGGUUUGUUUUUCCAGUCUUUUUUUUCAAACAUGUGUGAUGUCUGAAAGUUGUUUUUGUUUUUGUAAAUACAGACUCAUUUUAAGAUGUAAAUUAUGGGAUUGAUUGCUUCUUCUGUGUAUGUACAUAGAAAUGAUCAAAGUUUAUAUAAUGUACUGUUUUAAGUCAGUAUCACUUCUUUCUAUUUAAUAAAUGAAAACAUGCAUAUGAAAAAAUAUAUAUGAUAUUGAUUCUAUAUCAAACGCUAAUAAAAUAAAAUGCAUCUUUGAUUUUUGCCAUGUGUAUGGCUUUAGCUCAUUCUGGCGAUUGUUGUUAAGUAAUUGAGGUAAAUAUUAUUGAGUAUAUGUAUAUGUUUAUAAAGUAUAUAUUUUUAUUGUUCAUAAACCCACC